UAUGGGGACACUUGGAACCUCAGACUGCAUCUUUACACAUUUAUUAAUCGACAAACAGUAGUUUUGACCAUCGAUUCUUGUCACCAGGACUCUUCACCUACUCCUAGUUAACCCCGUUUCCCUCCUAGCCCCUGGGUCCUGCUCCUCAUCUCUCUCUUUGACCGAAGGGCUCACCAAGUUGCCACGAAUUCUGAUAACUGAGCCGGCCAAUUUGGAGAAAGGAGAAAGACGUCAGCCAACUGUUGAUCCAGGCCGGGCCGGGAGAGGGGACUUGGGGAAGCGAUUAUAUGGCUUUCAUUUCCACCAGAGGGAUCUAUUUCAGCUGCGGCAUAAGAGUGGUAGUCACAGCGGCGAGCGGAGGCAGCAGCGAAAGACGGAGGUUCAGCCCUCGACAGCUCAUCUCGACUCUUCUUCCAGUCCCCAUGGCGAACCCUGCAGGAUUUCGAAAUCAGCGCGAUCUGUGUCCCCCAGAAGAGCUCCCGUCCCUCCACCUCCUGGAUUCGAGACUAUGGCCCUGCUCCAUGUACCACCCCUAUUUCAGCAGCUACUUCCAUCCCUGGACCUCAGAACAUAUGUGUAACAGGACAGGUCACUUUUUGCCUCACUCAUACCAGGUCCCAACCCAGGUUCCCCGGCGCCCGGAUCCAGCUCCUUCUCCUGAGGGCCCUCCGGAUUUCCUCUUGCCACCCCCAGUUCGCUACCUGCACUCUCUUCCGCCACACCGCUGCCCACCUCAGGAUGACCCAGUCAGAGAUCUGCACAAGAUGCUCGAAGCCGCCCUGGCCCCCAGCCGAAAACGACACCUGUUACCGACCCCGACUCAGAGGCUCCCGCAUCCUUCAGUCCCCCAGGCCAGGGCCGGUUGGGUCCCAGGCGCCUUCCCCCCGCGGGUUCCUCCACCCCCGAGAAAGCUUGCCCUUCGUUUCCCGGAGCCUCAUCCUGGGAACACACGCAUCUGGAUGACUCCUAAGCAGAGUUCUUUGAGCCGUCAGACCCCUGACACCCGCUCUUGGAACGAGAAGCUCCCAACGCGUGACUGGAAGCCCCAUGAGGGCAGCAGUGACAUCUUUUACUCAAUCACUGCUGUGGAUGAUAACGAUGACGACGACGAUGAGAAGCCCAGGCAUCCACAUGAUCGGGACGGAGCGGGCUUCAUGGCUCUGCGAGGCUAGAGAGGUGCAGAUUGCAGCUGGAGGAACUGGUGUCAACGCAACAAUCGUUAGAGAAUUGCAGAGGGGACUCAGCUGUCACUCCCUACGGCCAAUAAAUGUGUUCAAUCAAUCAA